CAGAAAAAAAGUUGUGCUCGACCAAGGUGGGUGUGCGUGCGCGUCGUCCGUCAUCUUUUCGCGAGCAAAUUUUCACACUUUAGCUUAACCGUUCAGCCCCUUGCCGAAAGUGUGUGCGGCUCCUGUUUGUAGUGCAUGAAGCUAAAAACACACACCAGAAAACGGAAACGGCUCGUCGUUCGAGCGUGUAGGAGAAGAAGCACAAAGCUGCUUCGUUUUGCUUAGAAUCAAGGUGUGGUGCAACGUUUGUCUUUUUUCCCUCUUUCUCUAAGUGGGGGUGCUCCUGCAAAUGGCGGAGUAUCUUUAAAUGCCAGCCUUUUUCUGCGAAAGAGCGGAGCAAACAGUCAAACCUCGAGUGAAGAAAUACUGUGAGUGUGGCGUGUAGUAACGAAGCGCGUGGAUUGCAUUGUAAAAAUUGGAAAAGAUUUUCUCGAAGCGAAGUUUUUGCUUCACGCAAAUGGCCGCAGGCGGCCUCGGUGCGGUCUGCCACCGUCUAGAUAUUGAUUGACAAAUCAAUGUCGCUUUCGUUACCGUCGCUCCGUGUCACGGCAUCUCUUUUUUUAGUGUGUUUGUGCGUACGCGCGUGUGUUUGUGUACUGUAUGAAGUGUGAUUAAGAAACAAAGUUGUGCACCAUUUAGUAGCCGCCGAGUAUCCGUUGUGUGGGAGAGCCAGGGGUGUGUUCUCCGACGGUAAAGAGAGGCACAGACCUCGUCCUCCAUCGCCUCCGCCCCGUAGGAAAGUCGGCCAUCAGCAGAGAAGGUGUUCGAUAGAAAGUGGCAAUAGAUGCAAUCGUGCGGAAAGAAAUGAAAAUGAUUAGCGGCAACACUCGACGAGCUGCUUGCCCAUCAGAAGCAGCAGCAGCAGCCGGAACGAGCAAAGCGACGUCCUGCAACCGAAGGCAAUCAUCGUCCACCGCCGCCUGCUGGUUCUUUGUUCCGCUGCUCGUCCUUGGGAGCUUACUGAUUGAUCAGGCUCAGUGUCAAACGAUCGGAGGAGAUGAAAGUGGUGGCAACCAGUGUGUAUGGUACGGUAUCUGCAAUGUCGACUCGCUUGGACGGGCGCAAUACUGUCCGUACAACGGUACGGCCAAAGCGAUCGAUACGGAGGCAAACGAUCUGCUGAAGGUGUGGUGUAAACAUCUGCUCGUAGAAGAUGCCACGGGCAGCAUCAACACGUGCUGUGACGCUGCACAGGUGAAAGUGCUGAACAAAAACGUCGCCCUAGCGGCCAACUUCCUUUCGCGAUGCCCCUCCUGCAUGGCCAACCUGGUGCGGCACAUGUGCGACUUCACCUGCAGCCCGCAGCAGUCCAGCUUCAUGAAGGUGGUAUCGACCGAAGAGGUCGAUCAGCAGGAAGGCGAGUCGGAAAAGGCGGACGCAACGACGGCGGCGGCACCGUCGCCCAAGGAGUACAUCACCAAGAUCGAUAUCCACAUUACGCAGCAGUAUCUGAACGGAACGUUCGAGUCGUGCAAUCAGGUGUCGGUCCCGUCGACCGGGCAGCUCGCGCUCGAUCUGAUGUGCGGCGACUGGGGUGCAUCGCGCUGCAGUGCCAAGAAGUGGUUCUUCUACAUGGGUGACGCGGAGAACAAUCUGUACGUGCCGUUCCAGAUCGAUUACGUGGCGCACAGCUCGCCGAACGAAACCAUCGAUGGCUAUCUGCCGUGGAACCCGCGCAUCGUACCGUGCAGUGAGAAGUUGGAUGCAAACACGCCGGCCUGCUCGUGUGUCGAUUGUGAAGCAUCGUGCCCGAAGCCACCGGCACCGCCAGGCCCGCCGCAACCGUUCGUCAUUUAUGGCAUGGAUGGAUACGCGGUCGUGAUGUUCGUGGUGUUUGUCGUCUGUAGCGGUCUGUUCCUGAUCGGUGCUUGUUUCUGUCACUCGAGCACCGGUACCGGCGGCGGAAGCGGCAGCGGAGCAAAACUGUUGGUAAAUAGUGGUGACGCGCUGCCAUCGGACCUGCGGUCCUCGGUGGGCCGCAGGUUAGCCGGUGGGCUCUCCUCUAACAGUGGCGAUCUGGGCACGGACCGGGAAGACUCACCCCUACAGUCAAAGCGAUCGAGUGCCACUUGGGACGGUGAGCAGGAACUCCGACCUCACCCGUCCGGUGUGGGAGCGGCCGAUGACGACGACGAUGAGUCGGGAUACUUUGAGCGGCUGGGAGCAAAAACUGAAACUGCCUUGGAACACUUCUUUACCGCGUGGGGUACGACCUGUGCCAAACAUCCGUGGCUGGUGCUGCUUGGAGGUCUGCUGUUCAUCGUGGCAAUGGGUAUGGGCAUCAACUUCCUGCGUGUCACGACAAAUCCGGUUGAGCUGUGGGCUUCGCCCUACUCCCGAUCGCGUGUCGAGCGCGAGUACUUCGAUUCGAACUUUGAGCCCUUCUACCGCAUCGAGCAGAUCAUCAUCAAGGCGGAAAACAUUAGCAACGUGAUGCACAACACCUCGAACGGUGUGAUACAGUUCGGGCCGGUAUUUAACCGACAGUUUCUGCUGGACGUGUUCGAGCUGCAGGAGCAGAUCAAGAAGAUUCAAGCCGUCGCGGUGGACGGUAGCGGCAACAAUGAGACGAUUAUGCUGAAGGACAUUUGCUUCGCGCCGCUCAGCACCGGUGCCGGCCCGACCGGCACGCAGGAGUGUGUGGUGCAGUCGCUGUGGGGCUACUUCUCCGACGACAUGGACAACUUCAACGACGAGGAAGAGGACGCACAGGGCUUCGUGAUCAACUAUCUGGACAAGCUGAUACAGUGCUUCGGCAACUACUACAACCCGGCCUGUCUCGCGCCGUACGGUGGCCCGAUCGAUCCGGCCAUCGCGCUCGGCGGCAUCCCGCAGCCUAAGUCAGCGGACGAGAAGGCCAGCUACGCGGAAGCGAGCGCUGUCAUCCUGACCUUCCUGGUGCGCAACUACCACGACAAGAACAAGCUGCAGUCGGCGCUGGCCUGGGAAACGGAGUACGUGCGGUUCAUGCAGAACUGGACGCGCGAGAACAUGAGCAUCGCGUUCACGUCGGAACGGUCGAUCGAGGAUGAGCUGGCGCGCGAAUCGCAGUCGGACGUGUCGACCAUUCUGGUGUCGUACAUCAUCAUGUUUGCGUACAUCGCCAUUUCGCUCGGCCACGUCAACCAGUGGAACCGCGCGCUGAUCGACUCGAAGGUAACGCUCGGGCUGGGUGGCGUUGCGAUCGUGCUUGCCUCGGUCGUUGCGUCGGUGGGUAUAUUCGGCUACAUUGGCGUACCGGCCACGCUGAUCAUCGUGGAGGUGAUUCCCUUUUUGGUGCUUGCGGUCGGUGUGGACAAUAUCUUCAUUCUGGUGCAAACGCACCAGCGCGACACGAAAAAGCCGACGGAAACGCACGCGGAACACAUCGGUCGCAUUCUGGGGCGUGUGGGGCCGUCGAUUCUACUGACGUCGGUCAGCGAGAGCUGCUGCUUCUUCCUGGGCGGUCUGUCCGACAUGCCGGCGGUGCGUGCGUUCGCGCUGUACGCCGGUAUGGCGCUGCUGAUUGACUUUAUCCUGCAGAUUACGUGUUUCGUCAGUUUGCUGGCGCUCGACACGAUCCGCCAAACGGACAAUCGACUGGACGUGCUGUGUUUCCUGCGCGGCUCGAAGAAGGACAUGCCGGGCAACAUUGGCGAAGGGCUGCUGUACAAGUUCUUCAAGAGCAUCUACGUGCCGUUUGUGAUGCGCAAGCCGGUCCGGGUGGCCGUGAUGAUCGUGUUCUUUGGCUGGCUCUGCUCGAGCAUUGCCGUGGCGCCUCACAUCGAUAUCGGGCUGGACCAGGAGCUGUCGAUGCCGGGCGAUAGCUUUGUGCUGAAAUAUUUCCGCUACCUGCAGCAGUAUCUGAGUAUUGGGCCGCCGGUUUACUUUGUGGUGAAAAAUGGUCUAAACUACUCGACGAUGAACGAUCAGAAUUUGAUUUGCGGUGGGCAGUACUGCAACCUGGACAGCCUUUCGACUCAGCUUUACAUCGCCAGCAAGCAGCCUCAGUCGACGUAUCUUGCCCGACCGGCAUCGUCCUGGCUGGACGACUACAUCGAUUGGUCGGCCGCGCCCGGUUGCUGCAAACAGUGGAACAAUGGAAGCUUCUGCCCACAUCAGAAGAGUGCCUGCGGUGCAUGCAACAUAUCGAUGACGGCUCAAAAGCGACCGGUGGAGAGCAGCUUCCGGCAGUAUGUGUCCUUUUUCCUGGAGGACAAUCCAGACGAGGCGUGCGCCAAAGCGGGCCACGCCGCGUACGGUAGCGGCGUAAAGUAUCGGCCCGAUGCGCUGGCCCCGCUGUACAACGACGUGGGCGCCUCCUACUUCAUGGCCUAUCACACGAUCCUGAAGUCGUCCUCCGACUACUACGAAGCGCUGCGCUCGGCGCGCAAAAUUUCGGCCAACAUUACCAGCACGAUACACGCGAACCUGCGGCUGCAGGGCCGCAGCGAGGCCGACAUUCAGCAGAUCGAGGUGUUCCCGUACUCGGUGUUUUACGUGUUCUACGAGCAGUAUCUGACCAUGUGGCCCGACACGCUGAAGAGCAUGGGCAUCUCGGUGCUGGCCAUCUUCAUCGUCACGUUCCUGCUGAUGGGCUUCGACAUCCAUUCGUCGCUGGUGGUAGUGAUCACGAUUACGAUGAUCGUCAUCAACAUCGGCGGGCUGAUGUACCACUGGAGCAUCUCGCUGAAUGCGGUCUCGCUCGUGAAUCUCGUCAUGGCGGUCGGCAUCAGUGUCGAGUUUUGCUCCCAUCUGGUGCACAGCUUCGCCAUGUCGGUGGAGGAGACGCGCGAAAAGCGGGCGGCCGACGCGCUCACCAAGAUGGGCAGCUCCGUGUUCUCCGGCAUCACGCUCACCAAAUUCGGCGGCAUACUGGUGCUCGGGUUCGCCCACAGCCAAAUCUUCCAGGUGUUCUACUUCCGGAUGUACCUGGGCAUAGUGCUGUACGGGGCCGCCCACGGGCUCGUGUUCCUGCCGGUGCUGCUUAGCUAUAUCGGCGCCCCUAUCAACAAAGUCAAACUGGCCAAUCACCGACGGCAGGCGAUGCAGGAAACCCAGGAAACGUCCCUCUCGACAACCCUGCACCGGGAUGAACGAAUAUUUAUGUUUGAGCGAAUCGAAGCCGAUAUACACGGCGUGAUGCACCGCCGAAGGCGCUCCAACAACGAUGCCUCCAACGUUCCACACCACCCCAGUGCUAAUGAGAUCGAUGAGGAGCAGAAUAUGGAACAGGAUGCAGCGUACUAUGACGACCGACAAUCUCCCAACUAUCACCACCACCACAGCUACCACGACGACGACGACGACGACGACGAUACUGAGCACGCCAACCUUCAGCGAGCGGAGCCGCCAACGAAUCAUCCAGUGGUUCGGGCGGAACAAGAGAUCCGCAGCGCAGGAGGACGACCCCACUGGCCAGCAGGAGCAGCAUCUAGCAGAGCCGGUUACUCCGGAGCACGAGCAGUAUCAUCCGGCCGAGCCCAGGCCGGACCAUCCCAGCAGCAGCAACAGCAACAGCAGCGAACCACCCUUGAGGUCCACGCCCAGCACGACCUUCCUCCGGGUGAGGAUACGGAGGAGCUUACCGAGCCUCUUCUGCAGCAAGCUUCCCCAGGCAGGCAGUGCGCCCCGCACGGAUCUCUAAAGGAAGCCCCGAAACACCAACCAGCAACAGUAACAGCAGUAGUAACCGCAUCGAGCAGUACGACGCCGCAAGAACAGACCGCGUCAAAGGCCCCGACAGCGCCACCCACCACCACAAAGCUAUCCCCGUCCUCAUCUAUCUCGUCCUCCUCGCUGUCGUCAAAAACGUCCAAAGCCUCCAAAACGUCCAACCGGCACCGGUUGCGCAAGAGCCGCUCGAAGGACGCACAGACGGAAAUCGAGCACCCGAAGGCGCCGCUAGUGGUGGCGGAAGACUCGGAAGAUUUGGACGGCGAAGAGGACGAGGAGGAGGAGGAGGAGCAGGAGAGGAAGAAAGGGGAAGCGAUGGCCGAAUCGCCGAACAAUAGUAAUAGCGCUGCGACGUACCGCGGGGAAGAUCAGCGAACACUAAAGUCGUCCGGUUCGUCCUCCCGUUCAACGAUCGUGCCCCGGGGACGGUAAGAGAAGGCGCUAAUGCUGGAGUGCGCGAUGACAAAUCAUUGCCGAGUUCUGGUCAGGCAGCAGCAGCAUGUGUCCAGGGUGAUAUGGAGGUGAUAUUUAUAUUUCAUCACCACUGGCAGGAACGGUGAAAUCACAUAGACAUUAAGCUAUUGCAACUGAUUGGUGGCGUUCGUUAAGCUGCAUACUACAGUGUGACCGUGACAAACAAGUAAAACAGCUAGUAUAUCCUUGCUGAUCGUACUCCACUCUGUGAGAUGUGGGUACUGUCCUGGGCUGUCUGAAUCACGCAAGGUUAGGAGAGGAGAAUGCACACACACACAUUGCAGACCAAAAUAGGCGUGUAGGAGUGCGGGGUUUGUUCUCAAAACGUAGUAACAGAUCGUUCUAAAUCUACCGACAAAUCAAUUUCGUUUCCCUCUCCAGGUAAGGGAACUUGAAUCGUGUGUUCCUGCUUGCCCGUUUUGUGACGUUUUCGUGCGAACAGUUACGAAGCUGUGGACCGAGAUUUUCUAUAUUUAUGCAAACACAGUCACACAACGAAACAGUUCGAAACUGGUCGCGCGCAGCUCGAAGCAAUGGCAACAUAUGUAUAUCAUAAAUCACCCCACAAUGAAGGGAAGAAGCGAAGAAAGCGUUAGAAGAGAGCAAUGAUCAUUAAGGAUCGAAUAGUGGGGGCAUGUACGUAAGUUUGUAUACACAUUUGAUGUCCAGAUGUAUAUUCCUAUUGAAAUUAUAAUAUUUCCCACUGUCGUAGGAUACAGUCACGUAACCGUUAAUCGAAAAAAAAAAAAACCGUUGGUUCGGUCUUGGAAUAAUGCAGAUCACACCUUCAAUAAGAAUAAUAAUCGGCUACAUAGAGCGGGAAUGGCUUACGGAACUGGGUGGGAACUGUUUAGGACACUAUGGUGGACGUGGUGCGAAAUUUUAAUGUUGUUCGUACUGCCGCAAAGGUAUAUCGUGCGAUGGAGGGGAGAUAUGGAGCAGGAAUAGCUAAAUGGUAGAAAAUGGACGGAAAGCGUUCGUUGGAUGCAUAUUUGUUGGUUGUUGUUGGAGCUGGAAAGGACUGCUGGCUGCACCUUAUCAAGCCCUGUAGACCCUGUUGGUUGUUGGAGGAUGUCUGCGCUUGCAGCAUGAGUGAGCGAUGGCGCUAGUUGCGUGGUGGGAAUUGGUGGUUGAUAGUGUGUUCAGCUUGUUAAAGAGAGAGAGAUACAGAGAGAGAGAGAGAUAGAGGUAGGACGCUUAUUAUUGUGGCAGUUGUAUAGAAAAGGGACAAUGAUAGAUAGCCUAUGUUUUAGAAUGCUUGUGUGAUGUCUUAAAGGGGUUGGAAAGGAAACGAAAAAGAAAACAGUAUGCUAAACUGUGGAUCGAUACACAAGCACACUCCACACUGCUCGUAAUAAGUUGGUGCUGUGAGAAAAUAGUGAAUUUCAUGUCUACAAGUGUGGAUCGUAUGCAAGAGCAGGAACUAUCGAGGGAUUCUUAACCUUCAAGGAGGGGAAUAUACAAAACGGAAGACAAUGAUAAGGUGACAAGGUGACACAUCGCAAUGUAUCAUACGAGCAGGAAGGGGAAAAGAUGUGUAGUUACAGGGUACGGUUAUUUACUUUUCAUACAAAUGCAGAAAAAGAGGAACUAGACAGAAGAGACCGUGAGAGUUACAGUUUACAAAGGAACCAAGAAUUCGGCAGACUUAAAGGGAAUGAAUUAUUUUUCAAUUUUUCAUGUGUUUCUAGUAUUCUAGAUUGUUUUUUCUUCUUAUUCUUCACAAAUCGGUAGCACUUAGCGCUUAACUACUACUGUUGAUAAUAACCAAUGGGUGGAAAAGAAGAUUACCAUGAAACGACUGUGACUGUGAUUCAUUUGUCCAUUACAAUCAUAGCUAAUUUGUGGCCACCAGUUUGGUCGUACAGUUUCCAAUCUUCUAGAAUUGUGUUACAAUGCAACCACCACACACCCCUAGCUAGCACUUUUGGGAAAGGGCGGAGCAAAGAAUCGGUCCCAGUUGGUCAAGAUAAUAGGAGGUUACAACUUUUCCAGCCGCGUCCGUUGACGUGCUGUGUGUGUUCCUACAAACUGCUGCGAAAUCGAACGAAAACCAACGCUGUCCUAGCUUUUUACACACCGCGCUUCGCCCUACUUCAUGUGUAGACAACUGUUUCCGGUGCCUUGCAUACGACGAACUACUAUAAAUAAAUUUGUGAAAGGUGUGUAGCAGGUGACGGUCCGCGAGUGAGCAGGAUUUGUACCAUGGGGAGCAUUCUAGAAAAUGGUCAGUGCUUUUCUUUUCAAAACCACAACCCUCUAAUUCAUCCUCACUCGUGCCCGGUUACAAAGCUCCGCUAGGGAUGACUACUAUUGUUGGCAUACUGUUCUGUUCUGCAUCCCAUCCUCUCCCCCUCCCUUAAAAGCUUCUUGUGAUUCCAUAUUUUACCGAAAACAAAAAAGUAUUCUCUAGGCAGAAGUGAGCCAAACGGGUCCGCCUGUCCUGUCCGUUGGCUUAAUGCUUCUCCCUGCUAAUUGAUGUUUAAGAUUACGGUCCAUCCUUACUAUUGUUAAACUAUAACUAGGUUACACGUGUAUACCACUCACAAACUCACGCUGUGCUUAUCGCAAUGCACGCGCCCCAGCACACGACCGCGUAGAUAAUUUUUGGUUGAGGCAAACGAGCGAGGUGUGAGCGAGCACGGAGGAGCGGCGAUACUUUGCGGGUCUCUUCCUCUCCUCCGGCUCUCCUCGGUUAGGUUUAAAUUAUUUCGCUCAUUCCGUUCAUGAAUUAUUGCAGCAAAUGCAGGUGUUAGCGACGCUUAAUCAAGCUCCAAACUAGGAAAAAAAACGAGUCCAGUUUGUCUCUGAUUAUAUUCACUAUUAGUUUGUAAGUAUAGUUACUGCCAGCUAGGAAUUCAGGGCAGUUUUGCAAGCAGCCGAGCAGCUAUGACCUUAAUCCCGUCACGAGCUCUGUCACGUUUCGAUUCCGUCGUUCUUUGUUUUAUCGAAGCAUGUAUGUUUUUCCCCCUUGCAAGUUGUUACUUUCGCUUGUGUCAGCGGGCUCUGUUGUUAGCUAGAUUACGGCAGUAACGAAAGGAUGCUUUAUGGUAGAGAUGGGUAAAGAUAAUGCGGAGGCCCUUCAAAAGGAAGCAAACAGAGAGGAACAUAUUGUAUAGGGAUGGCCGAGAUGUAAUUCUGUAAAGGAAGAAAAUGUAAUAUAGUAAGAAAGAACGGAACAGGGAACGGUAGAAAAAAGGGACGAAAGCGCGGAAUAGUAAUUAAAUUUCCAAAAAAAAACAAGAAUUGUUGUACACCACACUGCUGACCCCAGACGGCCAAAAUGAAUCAGUUUGUAUGGUUAGUGAGUUUCUUUUGGCCGCUCCCAACAUUAUGCAAGGUGCAGGUGGCAAGGGUAAACCAAAGCUUUCUUUAAGUUGGCGCUCUCGUUCGUUGUGUUGUGUUACGCAAGAUAAGUAAAUGGAAGCUUAGAAUGAAGGUGUUAAGCCUGUGUCUAAUUUUUAGUAUAAAUUCCUGAAUCUGGUGUUGCAUUGCUGUAAUGAACUUUUGGGUUGUAUAUUUCUUUGCAUAAUAGAAUAAAGGGCAGCAUACAUAAACAUUCUAAAACAAAACAACACGUAAACAUACACAAAACACACAGAGAGGAGGGAGUAUAAUGUGUGUGUAAAUGGUAUGUGAAAUAGGGCGGAAAAUUGUGAGGAAUGUAAUUAAGGAGUAAAUAAAUAAAGGUUUAAAAUGUGA